UUUCCUCACAAGGUUAGCCAGGAGCUAGUUACAAAAGCUCAACUUAAUUAACCUCGAUGGAGCUCUUGUUGUUAAGCCAGCUGUCAAGAUCUCAACACAGUCAUGAUUGAGCUGUAAAAUAACUAAUAUGCCGACUGUCACAUCUGUUUUAGAAGCUAGCUUGCUGUUAGCUAUCCAAGGAGCUCACCUCAUAGACAGUCUAUGGAGCUAACUUGUUAGCAGUAGCAUUAGCCAUCGAGCUAAGAACAAGUCCUUACCUCAGCUGCUGUAUAGCGCGAUGUAAAGCCAUAAGUCAAGGUGACAUGUGUACAGAUUGCGUAAGUAACGGUGACUUUACUCAGACACCACUUGUGUCAGUUAUUGUUAGCUGUUAAAAGCGCUAAGGACGUGUUAUGUUAUGCUGUAGUUUGGCAAAAAGGAUAUUUUAACUCAAACAUAAAAACAGAUCCUCCCCACAGUUAAUUAGGAAGACUCGUAUGAUACGUAAGAAGCAAUUGAAUUGUGCAGUUAAGAAAAGACAAAGAAAUAUAGUUAUUGUGUACAGGCAGGUAUGGAAGUGGAAGUAGGUAAACAACAAUGCAAAACAAGCUGUGUACAGUAUAUAGCGGUAUGGUUGGUGCUGUAUAGUUGUUGCUAGAUUGUAUGGGUGUGAGACGAAUGUUGGAAUAAUUAUUACAUUGGUGUUGUAAUAAGUUAAUCUAUACGGAAAGGUAGUUUUAUACAUCUAAUGAUGGAUAUGCAGCAGGAGUGGGAGAUAUGAAUACAAUCUUCUGUCACGUUAUAGAUAAUUGUAUGUUGUGAUAUCGAUAGAUAUGAAAGAAACAUUUCUUGCAUAUUUCUAACUUGCAGAGUAAGCCAGAAAUGUAUAUAUACCAAAUACAUGUACAUAAUCACAUCGAAGCAAAAAAAAAUACUGCCUUAAAGCAGUCGUGCUUAUAGAUAUGUAACAUUGACUACAGUGACCUAAUAUACCAACAAAUACUGAUAAGAUAGCUCUACCACAGUACAACUGUAUCAUCGUCAUCAAAACAAUAUCCCUUUACUGUCAAGUACAGUUGUUGGACAACAAAGGGAUAUUAUGUACAUGUUAUCACACAAUGUGAAAAUUAAACCGUAUUUAUAAUCUGUAAGUACCUUUGUAUUUAACGCUCACUGAUGGUUGAUAGAUUCGGUAAAGUUCUUUCUCAUCUCCUUCACAGGACUGUGCCAGAUUUUGGAUGGAGUCAGCACCCGAGUUUUCAUUGUCUUAUGAAGUUGCAGCCAGGUCACUCAGGGUUCGAAAUUCAAGCCAUCACACCCAUGUUCUCACAGAGGAUGUUGUGUACCGGGAGGUGACUGCGGACCACCGGCUUCUCUCCAGACGCCUCCUGAUGAAGACCAAUCGGCUGCCUCGAUGGGCGGAGCGUGUCUUCCCCGGCGGCAUGUCUCGCUCUGUGUACAUCAUCGAGGACUCCAUCGUGGACCCGGUCAACAGGACUCUGACCACCUACACCUGGAACCUCAACCACACAACUCUCAUGUCAGUUGAAGAGCGUUGUGUUUUCCAAGACUCAGUGGAGCAGCCAGCCACCACCCUGCUGAAACGAGAGGCGUGGAUAUCCUCAAAUGUUUAUGGCCUCUCCAGACCUAUUCAGGAGUUCGGAUUGGCCCGCUUCAAGAGCAAUCAGGUGAAGUCCAUGAAAGGGCUGGAACACGCACUGUCCAACUUACAGGGAGAGACGCCCCAGCGGCUGCUCAGGGACUCGGUGAAGGGCGCAUCGGAGAAGGCCAAGGAGACGGCUAAGAGCCUGGCUUCAGCUGCUGCUGGCCCACCGAAACCCCAGCAGUACGUGUGAGUGGAGGAUGUACCGGUGACAUGAACUCAACACGAUGCCUUUCGAUCAUCGAGGUCAUCUUGACUGGACUGACGUUUUCUGGGAUCUCGCUGAUCGCUGGUCGUCCUCCGGGGGUUUUUCUUUCGUGUAAAGCAGCUUCUCUUCUCUACGGGUUGGACUUUUGUCUCUUUCUUUCACGACUCUCAGCUUUCUGUCCUUGUUGAAUAUCAGGUGCUGAGCCUUUUGUCUGAAACAUAUUGCCUUUGUGGAAAAGUAACUACGUCGGAUAUAAAUGCACAUUUUCAUAUUUUGCCAAAUAUGUUAUUUAUUUAUUUAUUUAGCAUACUUAUCUAAACAUAGCACAAAAAGCAAGGAAAUGUCUGUUUGGUAGAUUAUUUCUUUGUUGUAACGAUGCUUCCUCAUUAGACCAAAUCAUAAUACUGUGAAGUUUUAUUUCAUCUUGAAAAAAGAAGAACAAGGAGUAUGUAUAUAUA